AUGACGAUGGUUGAAAAGUACAACGAGAAAAAGCAAUAGGAGGUUGGGUUUAGGUUUCAUCCUAGGUACCAAGAACUCAUCUACUAUAUAUUAUCUCCGUCCUAAGCUAAAAUUGCCAAAACAUCAAAUAAAUGAUUAGAGUUAGAAGACAAGACUGAUAUCUAUGCCAAUGAGCCGUGGCGGUUGACUCAUACCGAGACAGACUUGUUCGAACCUAACGACUGGUACUACUCCGUGACAGAGGAUCAAGUCUACACAUUAACUUCAAUUCUUUCGUAG